AUGACGUCUCAAUACCACCCCUCGACUGUAACCCGCCCUGGCGUCUUCCACGCUCCCCACCACGCCGUCCACCACAAUGCCCCGCCCGGCACCUUCGCCCCCGGCACCAAGGUGCAGGUCGGCAACCACCGCGUGGUCAUCGAGAAAUACCUCUCCGAGGGCGGCUUCGCCCACGUCUACGUCGUGAAGGUGCCCAACAAGGCGGGGGACAGAUAUGACAUCGCCGUGCUCAAGCGCGUCGCCGUGCCGGACAAGGACGCGCUGGCGAACAUGCGCACCGAGGUUGAGACCAUGAAGAAGCUCAAGGGCCACCGCAAGAUCGUGACCUACAUCGACUCGCACGCCUCGCAGCUGAAGGCAGGGGGUUACGAGGUCUUCCUGCUCAUGGAGUUUUGCGCCGGCGGCGGUCUGAUCGAUUUCAUGAACACCCGCCUCCAGCAUCGCUUGACCGAGCCCGAGAUCCUGCACAUCUUCUCCGACGUCGCCGAGGGUGUUGCCUGCAUGCACUACCUGAAGCCCCCGCUUCUGCACCGCGAUCUCAAGGUCGAGAACGUCCUGAUAUCCACCGAGGGCACGUCGCGCGUAUACAAGCUCUGCGAUUUUGGCUCCACCGCACCUCCGCGCCCAGCUGCGACGAAUGCCGCCGAGGGUCGCUUGAUCGAGGACGACAUCCAGAGGCAUACCACAAUGCAGUACCGGAGUCCGGAGAUGGUCGACGUCUACAGGAGGCUGCCGAUCGACGAGAAGAGCGACAUCUGGGCGCUGGGCGUCCUUCUGUACAAGCUCUGCUAUUACACGACUCCCUUUGAGGAGCAGGGGCAAAUGGCUAUUUUAAAUGCGAGCUACAAGUUCCCGCAUUACCCUCCUUUCUCGGAUCGCUUGAAGACACUGAUAGCUUGGAUGCUGAAGGAACAUCCGCAGCAGAGGCCUAAUAUUUACCAGGUGGUUAAGGAGGUUUGCGCCAUGCGCAACAGGGAUUGUCCCAUCAAAGACAUAUACACCAACCGAACCCAAUCGGAAACACGCAAGAAUCAGCAGCUGCCGUCGCCUGAGCCCAAUAUUGGACCCACAAUCGGACUUUCCAAGGCUGCGCCUGUCCAGCAGGUCCAAGUUCUUCCAGAGAUCACGCCUAUGAGGCGGGGAAGGCCAACGGCGCCGGUCCAGCAAAGUACGGCAGCUCACCACAGUCCAUCUCCCAUGAGGAGUGCGGGUGGUGUGGCUCCCACGAGCGACCCUUUUGCGGCAUUAGAUUCUACAUCGGCGCCUGUGAGGGCUGCCGCUGCUGACGAAUUGGCCCAAAGAUUUCCCUCGCUGGACGAAUUCUCGAUUCUUCAUGACCGGGGCAACAAAUUCCAAUUCUCUAGCGAUUCCCCAGUGGAACCCAAGGCGGAAGCCGUCCAGAAGCGCGUUGCGGAAGCGUUGGCAGAUGAGGCUUUCACGAUGCCGAGCCAUCCCCAGCCAAGGAGGGAACAGCCAACAUCGGCAGCUUCUUCUGCGAUACCGUCCAGGUCUGAUUCGUUGAGAUCGGCUCAGACCAUGUCUCCAAAUCAAAGGCCAGAGUCUAGGCAAACCCAGGCCUCUCAAAUCCAUCAGCCUCAGCCUCAGCGCCCUUCAAUGGUCUCUACUGGCAUUCAGACUUCGCCUCCUGGUUCACCCGCUUUGAAGCCGGAGCCUGCGAAAUACGAGGCCCCCAAGUAUCCCGAUAUCAGCCAACGCCCUAUUUGGCGAGUACCGCAACAGUCAAGCCACGCCAGGGCUUUGAGCCAGCCAAGGUCCUCGGAAGACAACCCACGCUCGACACCGUCAUUAUUGAAGUCUGAGCCAAACCCGCCUCUCCCGCAGCGUCCUGGUUAUUUGGAUAUGCAUCGAUCCAAGUCUCAGACAGCGACAUUACAGCUCCCGCAAUCGCCUGCAUCAUCUAGGCCCUCUUUAGAAGGGUCGAGACCAUCGGGCCUGGAUCUCACGGAUCCCAUCAACCGAUCGAAGUCUGCCAACUCCAGGGCCAGGCCUUCUAGUGUGCACGUAGAAUCCAGCUUGGAUUUCUUGCGGGAUCGGGAGGCCUCGCGGAAGGGCGACAGAGUUGCUAACCUCAUCGACACUGAAACGGACCUCAAUAGGGUGAAAUCUGCUCCUACGACAGAGCCCGAGUUGGAAGAGACAAAUAUCACGUCAAACGUUGAUUUCUUGCGAUCUAUGGAGGGGGAUGAUGGAUCUAGACGGAGGGAGCAUCACCGCACGAGCAGCAACGCAAGCAAGCACUCCAAGAGGACCAGCUUGCCUUCCCUGUCAAACACCAAGAAUAUCCUUGCCGGAAAGUUCGGAGACGCCUUCCGCCGGUUUGAAAACAACACCAGUCAACGAGAGCCACAGCGCACGCCUAGCCCUGAAUUUGAUCGGAUUAAUGCGCAACUUACGCCGAUUGCAGGCUCUGAGGUCACGGGGGAGCGAAGUGAAGAUGACACUGCGAUCGACGAGACGCAAGACCUCCCUCCCGAGGUUCGCCGUGAGCUUGAGCGUCGGAGACUAUCACAGGAGGAGAAGCGCGUUGCCGAGGCGGCUGCCGAAUAUCGCAAGCGCAUCGACGAACAAGGAGAGGGUGGCAAGGGCAAGCCUGGUGGUGGCCCAUCGAAGGCUUCGACGAUUCAAGACCGGGUCAAGAAUUUGCUACAGGAUACGCAGACGUCCCCCCCGAAGCGAACCGCAGAGGGCUAUGGCCGUUACACUGAGCGCGAGAUCAGCGAAAAGGGAAAGCCUCCACCACCGGUCGCGAAGAAGCUUCCUUCUCUUCCGUCCGGUGCGCCGCAGUCAGAGCUGACGUACCGACCUGCUCGGCCGCAACAGCCGUCAACCACAGGCCAAGCACAAUCGAACAGCGCCUCCAAUUCUCCAUCAUUGUCUCAGGGAAAUAAACCCCCUCCGGCGCCGCCGAAGCCAAAGGCGCUGCGUACUGGUGGCCAGUUUGAGUCCCCUAAUCCAAACAACUUCCCUCCGUCGCCCGAACACCGGAAGCCUCCGUCGCGAGGAGGUCGCCCAGCGGACGGUGCUCCGGGUCUUGAUAACGGCCUAGGAAUCAAUACCGAAGAAUGGGAGGCCAAUUUCAGCAAGAGGUACCCGAGUUUGAGCGGGUUGGAGAUGGUCGAGACGGAGGUGCCGAAUGGGAGUCGUUACCGCGACAUAUAG